CACUCCUUCUUCCUCAAGCGCAAUGAGCACGCCAAAGUUGCAGACAUGGCGGAUCGUUCCUGACCCUGAAAAGCCUAGAAAUUGGACCUUCAAUGGUCCUGAGUCUCGUCCCAUUCCAGCUCAAAUAACUACUCUUGUUCCACAAAAUUGUGGCCUUUCUCUGCCAUCAUUUGCUGACCUUUUGGUUCAAAGAUCUUCUACACUGCUUGGGGGCACCAAUGGAAACCGCAGAGACAGAUUCUCAUGUAUUCACGGUCAAGAAAAUGCUCAGCCGGAUUUCACUUCCGGUGCUUCAUUGUUCAGGUCUGGUCAUGGAAAGCCAGUUGGAGUUGCAGAGUCCUCCAUCAGAAAAGCAAUGGCGGUUCUAGGAGGAGAUGAUGACCAAUUUGAGCACUCUAAAGCGAAGCAUUUUGUAAUGGAUAGAGGAUCUUCUAUACUGUUUGGGGGCACCAAUAGCAACCGCAAGGACGGAUUCUCAUGUAUUCAAGAUCAAGAAAAUGAUCAGUUGGAUUUCACUUCUGGUGCUCCAUUGUUCAGGUCUGGUCAUGGAAAGCCAGUUGGAGUUGCAGAGUCCUCCAUUAGAAAAGCAAUGGCAGUUCUAGGAGAAGGAGAUGACGACCAAUUUGAGGUCUCUAAAGCGAAGCAUUUUGUAAUGGAUAGAGGAUCUACGACAUUUUCCCGGGGCAUCAAUAAUAAUCACAGUGAAAGAUUAUCAGGAACUGGAUAUCGACAAAACCAAAGGUCAGUUUUAUCUGCUGGGGCUCCAAUGUUCACAACUGGUUCUGGAAAGCCAGUUGGAAUUGCAGAGUCUUCCAUUAGAAGGGCAAUGUCUGUUCUUGGAGAAGGAGAUGGCACUCAACUUGAAGUCUCUAAAGCAAAACUUCUUGUGGUGGACAAAGGAUCUUCGACAUCGUUUGGGGUCUUCAAUUACAAUGACAGAUUCUCAGGCAUUCAAGAUCGAGAAUAUCAACAGCUGGAUGUGUCUUCUGGGGCUCCAAUGUUUAGAACCGGCUCUGGAAAACCAGUUGGAGUUGCGGAGUCUUCUAUUAAAAGGGCAUUAUCUAUUCUUGGAGAAGAAGGUGGUAGUCAAUUUGAAGUCUCUAAAGAGAAGCAUUUAGUAAUGCAUAGAGGUCCAGUUCCUAAAUCCAAAUUAGAUUGCAGUUCCUCUAUUUCCGAACCUGUAUUCAAAACAGGAUCUGGGAAGGUUGUUCAUGUGUCCUCCACUGGUCUUCUUAAAGCUAAGGCAUUGUUGGGCCUUGAAGAACACUGGGACAAUCCCCAUAAUUUUCAACAUUUUAAGAAUGGCAUGAUCAUGAGGGGCAGUAAUUUACAAGAUGGAAGGCAUAAUUCUAGACAUUCUGAGAAAUUUUCAUCAAGGGCACCUGAAAUCAUCAACAUAGAGAAUGUUGGUUUAGGAGGCAACACAAUGGUUUCUUCAAAGAGCCAAGCACCUUGUCAAAGAAAAGGCAUUCUUUUGGGGAACCAAUUAGAAGAAGAGACAUCUGCUAAUCCUCUGGUUUCCAAGAUUUCUGAUUCGGGCUUGAAAGUGCCUCCUAUCAGGUUUCAAACAGCUGGCGGCAGAUCUAUUUCCAUUUCCAGUGAUGCAUUGGAACGUGCAAAGAGUCUUCUUGGUGAAUCAGACUUUAGGAAUCCAUUAUGUAAAGAGAACUCAGAUAACACUUUCUUUUCAUUCUCUAAGGAAGUGGAUUAUUGUGACAAAACUGUUCUGGGCAGAAAAGAUUCUUCUUUUGGGCAUGUGUUUCAAGACACUGUGUUAGGCGAAGAUUUAGAAGCAAAAGACCAAUCUCUUUUGGAAGCUCUUUCUAAUCUAAACCAGUCACACAUUCCUUUAAAGACUAUCAAUUUUGGCCUUGAUUUGCAGCAGCAUGUUGCUCCCAGUAAUGAUAUUCCUGGUGGAAUCUUGAGAUCAAAAAAUGAUAGUUCUAGUUCAAAUGGAUCAUCAACUUGGCAAAGUGAUUAUAAUGGGGUCAACGAUGAGAAUUAUGCACGAAUUGAUGUUUCCCAGGGAAAAUUUCUAGUUCCAAGAAAGCUCUCAAAGGGAGAGUUCUCAAGUGGUCCCCUAGUUGAUAUUUCAAACAACAUCCAUGCAGAUUGCAAUGACCACCCUCAGAGAUCCCUAUCGAAACCUGUUUCUGGUGACAAGAGAAGACUAGGAGGGAAAAACAUUAUCUCCCCGUUCAAGCGUCCACGGCGCUCCAAGUUUUUACCUCCUUUGAACAGCAACAUUCAUAUCCAGGCUCCAGGCCCAAGGUUACCUGAUUGCUCCACAUUACCUGCCCAGGGAUAUGACUCUCACAAGACAAACAUCAGAUCUUGCUACCCAUUUCAGCAUAAGAGAAAAACACUUGAAGAAUUUUUUGGGGGCCCCCCAUCUCAUUGGACAUUGGAAGGGAGUAAUUUGCCAGAGAAGGUAAAGUUUAUGACUGCAGAUAGUGCCCAAAACUAUUUAUUCAAUGCUGCUCCUGGAUCUGAAGGAAAUGGAGUUGAAAUGCUUCACAACAUGUUGGUCCAAGCAGGUGGUUCCUUGCAACAUGCUACUAAAAAGUGGGUAUCUAAUCACUACAAGUGGAUAGUUUGGAAACUUGCUUGCCUUGAGAAAGGUUACCCCGGCAAUGCAAAUGGCAAAUACUUGACUGUAGCUAAUGUUCUUGAGGAGCUAAAAUACAGGUACGAGAGAGAAGUAAAUCAAGGUCAUAGGUCGGCGCUAAAGAAAAUAUUGGAAGGAAGUGCAUCUGUUACAUCUCCUAUGAUUUUGUGUGUUUCAGCUAUUCGUUCUAACAUUGCUGAUGAUUCUAAUGUUGCCGAUGGGCCUGAUAGAGUGGAGGAUCCUUCUGUUGCCUCAAAAAGUCAUAAGUUUUCUUAUUCCCAUAAUACUAAUGAUGGUCGUGCCCUGAAAGUAGAAUUAACUGAUGGGUGGUAUUCAUUGAAUGCUGUUUUGGAUGUUCCUCUAUCAAAGCAACUCAGGGCUGGAAAACUUUUUGUGGGUCAGAAACUUCGGAUUUGGGGAGCAAGCUUGUGUAACUGGGUUGGACCAUUGUCUCCACUGGAGAUUUCUGAGACUGUUAGUUUGCUUAUUCACAUGAAUGGCACAUAUAGGGCUCAUUGGGCAAGUCGUUUAGGAUUUUGUAGGGGAAAUAGAUUUCCACUGGCUUUUCAUUGUAUUAAGGAUGCUGGAGGUCCAGUACCCAUGACAUUAGUUGGGGUGACACGGGUAUAUCCAAUAUUGUACAAGGAAAGGCUCAACCAAGGAGGCUCCAUUGUUAGAUCAGAGAGGAUGGAAACAAAAUCUUUGCAGCUUUACAACCAAAGACGCACCAUCAUUGCAGAAAGUGUUGUUUCAGAGGCACAUAAAGAUAAUUUUGGCAUAUUGAAUGUUCAUGCUAGUGACCUUGAUGAGGGAGAGGAAAUCUUCAAGAUGUUUGAGAAAUCUGCUGAGCCCGAAUCAUUAAUGGCAACAAUGAAUUCAGAGCAACUUGGUGCUCUUGCAGCUUAUCAAGCAAAGCAGGAGGCAAUCAGGCAAUCAGAGAUACAGAAGAAAGUGGAAAAGGCUUUAGAAGAGGCAGAUCUCAACUCAAGAAAAGUGACCCCUUUUAUGAAAGUCAAAGUUGUUGGGCUAAUCAAUAAUGCAUCUCAGAAAAGAACUCACCCACGGGAAGGCUUGAUCACUGUAUGGCAACCAACCGAGAAGCAGGAGGUUGAGAUUGAGGAGGGGCAGAUGUAUUGUGUUAGUGGACUCACUCCAUUGCGGAAUUCCAUUUCCAAUAUCAUCCACUUACACGGGAGAGGGUCCGCUACUGUGUGGCAUCACUUAAAAUCAUCAGUUAAUGUACAUUUUGAACCAUUCUUCACUCCUCGAGAAUCAAUAUUACUAUCGACUUUGGGUCAAAUCCCUCUAGCCAGUGAGUUUGAUUUUGCUGGUGUAGUUGUGUUUGUUGGUGAGCCUUAUGUUUGUGGAAACCAUAAGAAGCAGUGGGUGUUCACUACGGAUGGUUCGGAAGCUUGGUCUGGGUCAGAGUCUGAUGUGCUUGCUCAAGCUUUGCUUGCUAUUAGCUUUUCUAUGCCCAUUGCUGACACAGGUUCUUUUGCGCCAGCAAAUUAUACGCUUGCAGGCUCAACAGUGGGAUUCUGUAAUCUGUUAAAGAGAGAGAGAGACCAAUCGAACAACCUUUGGGUGGCAGAGGCUACAGAGAACUCUACUUAUUCUUUUUGUUUCAAUCUUCCUGGUCGUUCUCACCUCAAAGAAUCAGCGGAUAAUGUGCGCCAAUGGGCCAAGAAUUCUUCUUUGAUACUCGAUAAACUUAAACAGAGAAUACUUCAUAUUAUUGGUAUUUGAGAGCUAUUUUUAUGGCAAUGGCAAGAUGAACCUUUAAGUCAGCAACCUGAUAUCAUCCUCUCUGCUGGUCCUCAACUUGUUCUAUGUAUAUUUCUUUCUUUAAUGGGCACCAUUCACUUUUUUCAACUCCAAGCAAAUAUAUAAAAAGAUAUAUGGGAGCUGAAGAAAUGAAGGCUCAGGAUAUUGACAGGCCACGAAUAAAUCCUCAAAGUAAGAACUCUUCAUUCCUUGUUACUGUUUCCUUAAAAUUUUAUUUUGGUGCCCACUGUAUAUAUCCAGCCAUCCUUUCCAAAUGUAUAUUGCAAGCCAUCCUUGGCUGUCAUUUUUUGAAGCUCCUCCAUGGAGAUUCUGUUAUCAUGUUUUUGGCAUCAAUUUUGUCCAAAGAAUAUUAAGUAAAUUUAAAAGCUUGUAU